GGGAGGGAGAUUGAAGAACGGUAAAUCGGAAACAUGAAGACGACGAAGGGAGGCAAAGUGAUGAACCCUACUGAUGCUUAUCGCAAGCAGAUUCGCAAGAGAGAAAUUAAGCGUAACAAGAAAGAGAGGCAAAAGGUUAGAGAGGUUGGAAUUUUGAAGAAGGAUCCUGAACAAAUCAAGGAACAGAUCAGGAAACUUGAUAUGUCAAAGGCGGAAGGUGCUUUGGACAAAGCAAGAAAACAUAAAAAGAGACAGCUUGAAGAUACUCUAAAAAUGGUGGUGAAGAAGAGAAAGGAAUAUGAUGAGAAAAAGAAGGAGCAAGGAGAGGCCACAACCUCUGUUAUGUUCAGUCAUCUACCGCCUCAACGAAGAUUAACUGGCGAAGAGGACUUAAAACCAGAGGACUCUGUGUAUUAUCACCCUACUUUGAACCCAACUGGUGCCCCACCCCCGGGAAAGCCACCAAUGUAUAAUUCAUCGAUAGGACUAAGUAUCUCCUCAGAUGGUGCUUCAUCUAGUGGUGCUGCAUUGUCUUCUAUUACCGAGUCAGAAGAUUCCGCCUUAGUUACUCCUCCUCCACUUCCUCCUCUACCGGAUGGGAAUAAUACUUUAUCUGGUUCUUUGCCACUUCCACCUCCACCUCCUUUGCCACCAACUACAGGCCUUACUUUGCCACAUUCACCAUUUCCACCACCACCUCCGGGGCCACCACCAAAAGAGCAGGAUUUGGUUCGUCCUCCUCUUCCUCCACCUCCUCCACUUCCUCAAUCUUCCCAACCACCUCCUCCUGGUCUAAGUGGAAGUGAAGGCGAUGGCAGAUUCCCGGAAUCAUCAGAUUUCACCUUUGACAAUCGCAAGAACGCUAAUAUAACUUCCGUCCCUCCUCUCCCACCACCCGGCCUUCCCUCAAGGCCUCCAAGCAACGAAUCUGAGAGUGGUCCAGUAGAAUCUAACGGGAGUAGUUUUCAAAACGCUAACCUCUCUAAGAUGGUGCAACCACCACCACCACCACCUUUACAUCAGCAGCAUCAAUCAACAUUUGCAGGAGCUGCUGCUCCACUGUCUAAUUUUCAACCUGAUGUUCAUCCGCCUCUAGGAAUGUUGCGUUUUCCACCUCCACCGCCUCCACUCGAUAUGCAUCCUCCUCAUCCAGGAAUGUUCGGUGGUCAUCUGAUCCCGAGACCACCGUAUGGCCCACCGCCUGGACCGCCUCCUAUGAUGAGACCGCCACUUCCACCAGGACCACCACCGUCUAGUUUUCAAGACGGUCAAGCAAUGAUCAGACCAUAUGUACCAAAUAAACCAUCUUUUGUAAAAUCCGCUGCUCCUACUGUUGUCAGGAGACCACUCGCUCAACACACACCUGAGCUUACAUCCAUGGUCCCUGCGUCGGUUCGAGUCAAAAGAGAAUCAGCAACUGUGACCAAACCAAAGCCAAAGACUUCGAUAGCCACAAGCUUGAGUUUUACACCAAGGGCUAUGGCUUCUGCUGCACCGGUGAAGGUAGAGUCAGCCAAGACAUCUGCAGCUUCAAAGCCGCAGAGCAUUGAUGAUUCGUACACAGCUUUCUUAGAGGACAUGAAAGCUCUUGGAGCACUUGAUGGAUAAACUUUAGACUUAUAGUAUUCAAACAAAGUUUAUUUUGGUGUUCUUGGAUCAGUUCUUUGAGAAGUAAAGAUUGUUUUUUGAA